AUGACGACGACCUCGCCUACUCCGCCCGACAGCGCGCACGCGUGGGGCGCAUCCGCCACCGCGAUGGAAUUCACCAGCCGAAGAGCCCCCGCGCUCGGGACGCGGGGCAUGGUCGCGUCGUCGCAAACCUUGGCCACGGAAGCCGGGAUGCGGAUCCUGCGACGCGGAGGAAACGCCGCGGACGCCGCGGUCGCGGUCGCCGCGGCGCUCAACGUGUGCGAGCCGACGUCCACGGGGAUCGGCGGCGACGCGUUCGCGCUCGUGUACGACGCGAAGACGAAGAAAGUCAGCGCGGUCCAAGGCGGCGGCGCGUCCCCGGCCGCGCUGACGCUCGCGCUGUGCCGGGACAGAGGGCACCUCGGCACCGAGAUCGUCCCGUCCACGGACGCGCUCGCGGUCAUGGUCCCCGGCGCUCCCGCGGUGUGGGAGGACGUCAUCCAGCGGCACGGCAGCGGCGCCAUCACGCUCGCGGACGCGCUCGAGCCCGCGAUCGAGCUCGCGGAGACGGGCCCGCCGAUCGGCCCGGUCACCGCCGAGCUGUGGCGACGCCAGGAGGAUCUCCUCCGCGCCCAGGGCGCGACGUGCAUGCUCACGAAGGACGGCGUCGCCCCGCGCGCGGGGGAGAGGAUGCCGAACCCGGAGCUCGCGAACACGUUCCGCGCGCUCGGCUCGAAGGGCGCGAUGGACGGGUUCUACGCCGGGCCCAUCGCGGACGCCAUCGUGGACGCCGUCGCGUCCCGCGGCGGCGUGCUGACGGUGGAGGAUUUGAAGAGGCACCGAACGUCGUUCCCGGACGCGAUCGCGACGACGUACAGGGGCGACGUCACGGUGUGGGAGAUCCCGCCGCCGAACCACGGCCUCGCGGCGCUGCUCGCGCUGAACCUCCUCGAGGCGACGCUGCCGGACGCGUCGAAGGGGGAGGAGGGCGCGGAAGGAGGGGUCGCGCGGCAACACGCGAUGAUCGACGCGAUGCGCGUCGCGUUCGCCGACACGUUAGAGCACUGCGGCGACCCGACGCACGCGGACGCGGCGCGCGCGAAGCUGUCGUGCGAUAAGCUCGUUUCGAAGGCGUACGCGACCGCGCGCGCGAAGCACGCGGGGUUAUCCCCGGAGAAGGCGGCGGAGGGCCCGGAGCCCGGUCAUCCCGGCGUGAUCGGACUGCGGCCUUCUCCGGACACGGUGUACUUUUGCGUCGCGGACGGCGAAGGGAACGCGGUGUCGUUCAUCAACAGCAACUACGACGGCUUCGGGACGGGGAUAGCCCCGGCCGGGUGCGGGUUCACGCUUCAGAACCGCGGGCACAACUUCAUAUUACAGGAGGGACACGUGAACUGCGUCGGACCGAACAAGCGUCCGUAUCACACGAUCAUCCCCGGGAUGGCGACGCGAACCUCGGACGGCUCUCUGUACGCCGCGUUCGGGGUCAUGGGCGGGUUCAUGCAGCCGCAAGGACACCUACAGGUCGUCUCGCACAUGGUCGACCUCGGGAUGGACCCUCAGGCGGCGCUGGACCACCCGCGGUGGUGCUUGGGAGGCGUCGGAAGCGAACGCGGCGCCGCGAGCGUGUUGGGCGCGACCGUCGCCGUCGAGGGCGAGACCGAGGGCGGGUCCUCGCGCUGGCGCGAGACGACGGAAGCGCUUCGGGGGAAAGGGCACCCGAUCGAGGUCAUCACCGGGCUCGAUCGGACGAUGUUCGGACGCGGGCAGAUCAUCGCGAGAGACGAGCGCGGGACGCUGUGGGGCGGCAGCGAUCCGCGCGGGGACGGGUGCGCGCUCGGGUUUUAACGUACUGUAUUCUUAUGGUAAC